AGCCUCGUUCCCGGGCAGUAUAAAGUUUGCUGUCUCCUUUGUUCGCCCUCGUUGCGCAGUAGUGCUAGCGGCUUUUCUCUUCCGUUCUCGGAGCCGGCGGCUUCGUGCCGAGCUGCUACGUGUCCCUGCCAGCGAGUUCGUAGGAGCUUGGACCCAUUGUCACUCCUCCGACUCUCAUCAGGGGGAAAAAAUGGUUGAAGCUGAUCGCCCAGGAAAGCUUUUCAUUGGUGGCCUCAAUACAGAAACAAAUGAGAAAGCUCUUGAAGCCGUAUUUGGCAAAUAUGGACGAAUAGUGGAAGUUCUGUUGAUGAAAGAUCGUGAAACCAACAAGUCAAGAGGAUUUGCUUUUGUCACCUUUGAAAGCCCCGCAGAUGCUAAGGAUGCAGCCAGAGACAUGAAUGGAAAGUCCUUAGAUGGAAAAGCCAUCAAGGUAGAACAAGCCACUAAACCAUCAUUCGAAAGUGGCAGACGUGGACCACCUCCACCUCCAAGAAGCAGGGGCCCACCACGAGGUCUUCGCGGCGGAAGAGGAGGAAGUGGAGGAACCAGGGGACCUCCCUCACGUGGAGGGCACAUGGAUGAUGGUGGUUAUUCCAUGAAUUUUAAUAUGAGUUCUUCCAGGGGACCACUUCCAGUCAAAAGAGGACCUCCACCACGAAGUGGUGGUCCUCCUCCUAAAAGAUCAGCCCCCUCAGGACCAGUUCGCAGCAGCAGUGGGAUGGGAGGAAGAGCUCCCGUGUCACGGGGAAGAGACAGUUAUGGAGGCCCGCCUCGAAGGGAGCCCCUGCCCUCGCGUAGAGAUGUGUAUUUGUCCCCAAGAGAUGAUGGAUAUUCUACGAAAGACAGCUAUUCGAGCCGAGAUUACCCAAGUUCUCGGGAUACCAGAGACUAUGCCCCACCACCAAGAGAUUACACUUACCGUGAUUAUGGCCAUUCCAGCUCACGUGAUGACUACCCAUCAAGAGGCUAUAGUGAUAGAGAUGGCUAUGGUCGUGAUCGUGACUAUUCAGAUCAUCCGAGUGGAGGCUCCUACAGAGAUUCCUAUGAGAGUUAUGGUAACUCACGUAGUGCUCCACCCACACGAGGGCCCCCGCCAUCUUAUGGUGGAAGCAGUCGCUAUGACGAUUACAGCAGCUCACGGGACGGAUAUGGUGGAAGUCGAGACAGUUACUCAAGCAGCCGAAGUGAUCUCUACUCAAGUGGUCGCGAUCGGGUUGGCAGACAAGAAAGAGGGCUUCCCCCUUCUAUGGAAAGGGGGUACCCUCCUCCACGCGAUUCCUACAGCAGUUCAAGCCGCGGAGCACCGAGAGGUGGUGGCCGUGGAGGAAGCCGAUCUGAUAGAGGGGGAGGCAGAAGCAGAUAUUAAAAACAAAACAAAACUUUGGACCAAAAUUCCCCAUUCAAAGAAACAAACAAAAAAGUGGAAUCUUUUCUGUCAUAACUACCCAAGG